AUGUCUGCUAAGGUGACUGAGGAAGCUUCUAUCAAGGUCCUUCGCACUCAGUUGCAACAGCAAACGAAUUCGUUGUUGGACGUCGACAUCCAAUUAAAAGCCUUAGAAGAGCCUCCUUCAAUAGGGAAAUGCUUUGACACUCAAGACAAGAACGAUACUACUGAGGCGAAAACUAGUGACGCCAAGAUCCAAGACAUGUUGCAAGCUCUUGGGCAGAUGGCCGCAACCAUUAUUACUUCUAGAGAUAUGGUCCCGACAAGCCCCCAGGAACCUCUACAUCAGCUCUCUCUACCGCAGCUUACCUUGCCACAUAACCACUUCAAGGAGCAAGCAUCGACUCCACGAUAUCCAUGCGAACCCUCACAACUUUUUGAGAAUAUGGUCUCAACUAUUCAGAAAGCACAAGUCAAGCUUGAAGACAGUGGAGUUCCUGAACGUGGCUAUCUUUUGCUACAGCUGGAGUCGACCCCUCUUGGCGAAGCUUUUGCCAACUUUUGGGGUGGGUGUGAAAACGCGUCCGAAGACAAGAAGGCAGUACAGAAGUUUGUGCUUUAA